AAAGCUUCAAUCUUUGAUGUCCUCUCUCUUUACCCACACCUCUCUCCACUCAGAUUUUCCAUUCCCUUUGAACCCAACACCUCCUUUUUCCCUCUUUCGCUUAAACCCUAACCCCCAAUUUCCAUGCUCAAUCACAUCCAUCAAUGGAAGAAACCCAUCCAAUUUCUUCAAAUUUCUCGAACCUUCUCUUCCCUCAUCUUCACUAAACCCCCAUCCUUCGCCGCAAAGCCCGCCGUUGAUCCCGCCGCCGGCCCAAGCAGCACUGCCAAUGUCGCCGAGCUCAUCACCGGCCUGAGAACCUUGGGUUUGGGUCGAAUUAGAGGUGACCAUUACUAUAGUAACAUUAUUUCGAGCUUGAAUCAGACCCAGGUGGAUCUUAUUAUCGAAAGGUUGAACCUUGAGGACCCUGAAUCGGGUUUUGGGUUCUUCAAUUUGUUGAGGAAUGAGUAUGGUUUUCGGCAUUCGAGGGCUUCGAGUUUCGCAGUUGCUCAUGUUUUAGGGGGGAGGAGGCGGUUUGAGGAGUUGCGGUUGGUUAUGAAGCAAAUGGUGAAGGAGGAAGGUUCUGGUUCUGCAACAUCACUUUGUGAGCUGCUAUUGAGUAGAUUUAGGGACUGGGGCUCGAGUGGUGUGGUGUGGGAUGUUUUGGCGUUUUCGUAUUCAAGAAGUGAGAUGGUUUAUGAUGCCCUGACUGUUCUUGCUAAGAUGAAAGAUCUGAAUUUGAGAGUUUCCACUUCGACGUAUAAUUGCUUGUUGCAUAAUUUAAGGCACACGGAUAUCAUGUGGAAUGUGUAUGAUGCAAUUAAGGAAAGUGGAACUCCUGAGAAUGAGUACACUAGUUCUAUACUUGUAGAUGGACUGUGUGAACAAGCCAGCAUACAAGAUGCGGUUUCAUUUCUCAUGGAAGCUCAGAGGAAGGAGAGUGGGCCUUCAGUUGUUUCGGUCAAUACCAUUAUGUCGAGGUUCUGUAAAUUGGGUUUUGUGGAUAUUGCGAAGUCGUUUUUUUGUAUGAUAUUCAAGUAUGGACUACUUCCUGAUUCAUACAGUUAUAAUAUUCUUAUUCAUGGGCUGUGUGUAGCAGGUUCUUUGGAAGAAGCUUUGGAGUUUACACAAGACAUGGAGAGGCACGGGCUACACCCUGACACCGUGACCUACAAUAUUCUUUGUAAAGGGUUUCGUCUGCUUGGUUUAAUGAAUGGAGCUCAGCAGGUCAUUCAGAAAAUGCUGGUUAAAGGGUUGAAUCCUGAUCAUGUUACGUAUACAAUUCUAAUUUGUGGGCACUGCCAUUCUGGCAAUAUUGAGGAAGCACUUAAGCUGCGGGAAGAGAUGCUUUCAAGGGGUUUUCAGUUGAGUGUCAUCUUAUAUAGCGUACUGCUCAGCAGUUUGUGUAAAAGUGGACGAAUAGAAGAAGCAUUGAGGUUGCAUUAUGAGAUGGAAGCUGUUGGCUUGGAACCAGAUCUUAUAACAUGUUCCAUUCUGAUUCAUGGGCUAUGCAAGCAAGGUACUGUUCAAAGGGCUGUUCAAAUAUAUAGAGAAAUGUACUUGAAGAGAAUAAUACCCCACUAUUCUGCACAUCGAGCAAUUCUUUUAGGUCUGCGCAAGAGAGGGGAUAUAUCUGAGGCAAGGAAGUAUUUUGAUGUUCUAACAACAAUCACAGAGGACAUUGUGUUGUAUAAUAUUAUGAUGGAUGGAUAUGUAAAGCUUGGUAAUAUUGCAGCAGCCUUACACUUAUAUGAACAAACAGUUGAAAAAGGAAUAACUCCUACUGUUGUCACUUUCAAUACGCUUAUGUAUGGUCUCUGCAAAAGUGGAAAACUAAUUGAGGCCAAACGGAUGUUGACUGCCAUUGAGCUGCAUGGAAUGCUACUUAGUCCAGUUACUUACACGACUCUUAUGAAUGGUUACUGUGAAUGGGGAAACAUUCAUGGGAUGAUUAAAUUGCUCCAGGAGAUGAAAGCAAAAGCUGUUGAUCCGACCCAUGUAACUUAUACUGUAAUUAUCAAAGGACUCUGCAAACAGAGGAAACUGCAAAAGGCUGUCCACUUAGUUGAGGCAAUGUAUGCUAAGGACCUAAUCCCAGAUCAGAUCACAUAUAAUACCAUCAUUCAAUGUUUCUGCAGAGCUCGUGACUUGAAGAAAGCUUUUCAGUUGCACGAUGAGAUGUUAAAGCAUAAUCUCGAGCCUACUCCUGUGACAUAUAAUGUCCUCAUCAAUGGUCUUUGUGUAUAUGGUGACCUAAAUGAUGCUGACAGGCUAUUGGAUUUUCUGGAUGACCGUAACAUCAAUUUGACAAAAGUUGCUUAUACCACAUUAAUCAAAGCACAUUGUGCAAAGGGUUAUGCACUCAGGGCAGUGGAGCUCUUUGAUCGGAUGGUGGAGAAAGGAUUUGAAAUCUCCAUCAGAGAUUAUAGUUCUGUAAUAAAUAGGUUAUGCAAAAGGUCUCUAAUAACUGAAGCGAAAUAUUUUUUCUGUAUGAUGCUAUCUGAUCGGAUAUAUCCUGAUCAAGAGCUUUGUAAGGUGAUGCUCAAUGCUUUCCGUCAAGAUGGUGAUUCAAGCUCACUAAAUGAACUCCUUGCUGAGAUGAUCAAAUGUGGCUUUCUUCCUGAUUAAUCCAUGGAAAAGGUGAUAUUGCUUGGCAUCUGGCUAUUGGAAAAGUUGUUCACUGGCUCAUAAACAAGGUUUCAGUCAUGAGCUCUCAUGCCUACCCUAUUUCCUUCCAAACAAGGUUCUUAAAGAGAUGCAAAGAAAUGAAUCUGAGUUGGCAUAAACUGCCGCUACUGUUCUUGGCAUUUUCCUAAGAUGGGAUUUUAAAGCAAGUCCAGAUAUGCUUUCAUUUGUAUGGUUAUUAUUGAUUAUAUAGAAUUACUGUAAUGUGUUCUGAUUCAUUUACAGGACAGUUCCAGAAGCUAGAAAAGCAUUGAUAAAGAGCCUUCCUGACAGAUGGCGUUGAAACUGGUUCAAAGAUAUCUUUCCAGAUUGUUAUGUUCUCAAACUAUUUGCUGAGAUUAUAACUCGGGAGUCAUGAGUCAGGAUCAAAGUGGGCU